AAACGCAGACCUCAGACCAGCCCACCUCACCUCUCUGUCCUCUCUCUCUGCUCCCGGUGUCCGCAGACAAAUCUGACCGCGGAUCAGCUCAGUCGGGCUCCCUCCACACUACGACUCGCACCAACCGGGACUCAGACCAGAGGAAACCGUGUUCAGCCCGCACGCCAAGAAGACACAUCCACGGCGGACCACGGCGAGGGAGCGGACUGCGAGAAGACGGGAUCCAGGGGACGUCUGGUAGGAGCGCAACACCGGAGCUUUAAUGCUAAUUUAACGGCGAGAGCAGAGAGGAGAGGACUGCCCGGUGCUGCCGACGGAGACACGAAGCUAAUAUCCACCGUUUUUUUCUGUUAUUGGCCGCGCGUGAAGCCACAUUUAUAACGAGAGCUAGCGGAAUGUAAUGCUAGCAGCUAGCUAAUGUUAGCAAGCUAAUUAGCUUGUCAGGCAUCCAAGAGUCGGACGUGUGAUCUUUAUUAAAAUAGGUCACUGUUUUCUUUUUUUUUUGAGGGGGGUACUGAAUGUGCUUCGGUCACAAUGUUCAGCCUCGAGUAGCCAAGUUAAGACAAUAAACACAGCGAGCUGCCUUUAUUGAUGAGCUUGAUAUUAGACGCUUUUUGGGGAUUGUGAGAAAUAGGAAAAAAAAGCAAGACUUUUGACUGGUCUGCCGUCCAAUGUUAAUGUCGACCGACGUUGCAUCUAUAAUGCUUCCCGUUAGUCGGGGGAUAAUGGAAAGAGACAUUGAUACAGGAGCGGGAGCUCUUGCAAACGCGGCCGGGGGUCCAGCAGCUGUCCGCGGGAUGAAGCGAGGAGACCCGGAGCCCGACGCUCAAACAGCCGCUGCCCUCACUGACUUAGCCGGGGCGGAGUGCAAGAGACCCAGGAUAGACGGGAGUGUUGUUGGAGACAUUGGACAGAACAAUGAGCCUUUAAACCCCGGUUUCCAUGGAUACCCACCUCACAGUCAGGGCUCUCAGGAUUCGACAGGAGGACAGGAGGGAUUGGUGGCCCCACCCUUUUCAGCGUUCCCCCCUCCUCCCCCUCCUCAAAACGGGCUUCCAGGGACGGAGUUUGGCCCCGGGGCCAUGUUUGGUGCUGGGGGCCAGGGCGCAGCAGAGGUAGGGGCUGGCGCAAAUGGAGCCACCACCACUACCACCACCAACAACAACAACGGAAAGACAGAGGAGGCGUCUCAGGGGGAGGCGGGUGUACAGUGCGGCACAGGAGGCGCAGGAGCAGGAGGCUCUGUGGGAGACCCCUCAGAGGCCAAAGGGACCCCGAAACGCCUCCACGUCUCAAACAUCCCCUUCCGCUUCCGGGACCCUGACCUCAGGCAGAUGUUUGGGCAAUAUGGGAAGAUUCUGGAUGUGGAGAUUAUUUUCAAUGAGAGGGGUUCAAAGGGUUUCGGCUUUGUGACAUUUGAGACCAGCGCGGACGCAGAGAAAGCCAGAGAAAAGCUCCACGGCACUUUGGUGGAGGGUCGUAAGAUUGAGGUGAAUAACGCCACCGCCAGGGUGAUGACCAACAAGAAAAUGGUCAGCCCCUACCCUAACGGAGAGGCUCUCAGCACACUGCCUUACGCGGGGUGGAAAUUGAGUCCGAUGGUGGGGGCCGUGUACGGACCGGAGCUCUAUGCAGUCCCAGGGUUUCCGUACCCUUCAGCAGCCGCAGCCGCCACCACGGCGGCCGCAGCGUUCCGCGGCGCCCACCUCAGGGGUCGUGGCCGGCCCGUAUACAGCGCUGUGCGGGCUGCCGUGCCUCAGCCCGCCAUCCCCGCAUACCCCGGUGUGGUGUAUCAGGAUGGGUUUUACGGAGCCGCAGACUUGUAUGGAGGCUACCCGGCUGCUGCUGCCGCCGCCGCUGCUUAUCGCUACGCCCAACCUGCGGCUGUAACCGGAGCAACUGCUGCAGCCGCCGCCUACAGUGACAGUUAUGGCCGAGUGUACACUACAGAUCCCUACCACGCUUUAACUCCAGCUGCUGCCGCUUACGGAGUCGGAGCCAUGGCCAGUUUAUACCGGGCAGGAUACAGUAGGUUUGCUCCUUACUAAAAAAAAAACAAAAAAUACAAAUCACACCCGGGGAAUUUCACAUCGCUCCAAAAAAAACAAAAAAAACAACCCUUUUUCAAGCUGUUUGUUUGGCAGCAGCUCCCCUCCAUUUUUCUGCAGGCGGACUCUAGUGACAACUCGUGUUUUGUUUUUCUUUUCCUCUUUUUAAAAUUUUUUUCUCUUCUGUGUGGCGAGAGAGGUCGUUUGCCACAUCAUCGACUCAAACUCUGUCUGUACUCGUCUGUCUGUCGCUGACACGGAAACAAACUGCCAGGAGUGAAGAGCCACUUUGACCUACGGGGGCACAAUUUAGGACGGUUUAUAAAAACACUACAGGACCCGGAGGGAGAGAGACUGCUGCUCCUGUGUGACACUUUUUUUUUUUUUUUUGAACUUUCAGUAUAUCGACUGCCCUGUAAAACCUACGCAGACAUGUACACACUCUCAACACCAAGUAUACGGCUUCCUCUCCGUUUUUUUCCUUUAGUGUUGCACAGAAUGACGCCACAGCACAGCGUUACUACAAAAGGUACUUUUGAAAACACUACAGCAGCAGAGACGCUGCUGUGGUCCAGCGUCGCCGUAUGAUAAUGACUCUGCUCGACACAGAAGACGUAGGAAUCAUUCUUGUUUCGUAAAAUCUGGGAUCGAAUCAUCUGACUGAAAAAAAACACUCUUGUCAAACACAGCAUGGGAAAAAACCUCCGACAUUUCACCCCCCCCUUCCCGAAUUUCAAAGAAAACACACCAAAAAAAAAAAAAAAAAAGUUAAAAUGACAAGGAAAAAAAAACUAUGUGACUUUUUUCUGCAUUACCUCAGUUUCUCCUUCAUCUUUUUACUUUUUGCUGCCAUCGAUAAGACGUAUAAAUAACGUGGACGAGCCAUUCUUUCGUUUUUGGUCGACACAUUUAUUAAAGCAACACUAAGACGGGAUGUGGAGACCCCUGUACGUAUGUUUGAGAAAUCCAGCGCACCUCCCCUCGUAUCCUCGAUCCGCUCACUUCUUCCAAAAAAAAGGACUCGGCCCAUUUCUCUCCUAAAACCGUCAGACAUUCCAGCUGCGGCGGCGACGCAGCGAGCGAGCGAGCGAGCGAGCGAAGGGGUUAAAUGGACAAAAAGAAGCCAUCAGAUGAACUGAGCGGGAACACCCACACGGGACGCUAAUCAUCUGCCAGUCAGCCAAAUGGGAAUCCCUCCUGGCCAAUUGAGAUAUAUUUUCUGCCUCCAGGCUUCGUGGAAACGGUGUCUGAUCUCCGCUCGGCAGAACGGCCCAGAUUACAACACAGUUGGAGCAAAGAGAUUGUGAAGAAUUAUCUAUUUAUAUUCAAUCAUUUUUAACGUGUCCGCAUCAGUUUUUUGUAGUUUUAAAUCCUGCAUUACGCUCUCUGGGAUCGAAUAGUUUUAAAGUCUGCGUGGAGCCGGACAAUUCACACAAAAAAAAAACUCUUCUGUAUGUAUCACAUCUCCGUAUACUCUCACUAUGUUGUUGUUGCUAUAUAUUUGCCUUUUUGGUUCCAAAGAUUUUCUGAAGAAAGCCCAGUUUUUCUUUUGUCCUGAUGUAUUUCUUAUUUUUGCUGUUGAUUUUUUUUGCCUUUACUUUCUUUUGUUUUUAAUCUGUGGGUUGAAGCUGUUUUUGUCAUGAACAGGACCCUGGGAAAUGCUUUCAGACGUCUUUUACAAGUAUUUCAACAUUUCAGCCCUGAGCAAAGCGGUGCGAUUUCUUUCAGAAACAUGGGUGAAGGACAAUGGGCAACGUGGUGAGAAAUGUUCCACAAAUUGCAAAAAAUGAGUAGAUUUAGAAAAUUAUUUUUGAAAAAAAAAAAAUAGGGG